AUUUUGAAGCCAUUUUCUCGUCAUCUUGUCGGUUAUUGUUCUUGCAAUCUCGCAUCUUUAGUCGAUACACAUUUGUAAUUUUGACAAGUUGGUCAACGCGUGGUGUGUGGUCCCUAAAAGGCCUAAUUCAUUACCUGUGUAGAAGUCCAAUGACUAAUUCGUUGGCGACAACCAAUCACAGCGCGUUAGUGACGUUUUGAGGUCCAAAUGUAUAGAGAUUAGCUUUCUGGAGCAUUGACUAAGCGGUCAUGUUACACAUUCUGAGGGGAACUGCACAUUUAUGCUAAGUGCAACUCACAAACUAUGGAAUCUACAUCACAAAAGGCUCAUUUCUUCCAAAGAACAACAUCUUUACUCGACCAACACAUCUAACUUGGAUUUGGAGGCGAAUUGGAAAGAUUACAUGGUUAUUUUUGGCAGUGAUUAUAGUGUUGGAUUGAAGCUCUACAUUGAGCGCGUGGAACGAAGACAAAUAUCGACCUUCCGUGGACAGCAUGAGUGGUUCGACUCCUGAAAACUACACAUGGGCUAGAGAAGUGCUUCAAGAUAUCGAUGAGGGUCGUGCGAGAGGUAACCGCUUAGCGCUAAAAAUACGCUCGCGUAUCCAGAGCGCCUUGUUUAGUAUCGGAUGCCUGUCUCAGCGUCAUUGUGGAAAAAUUGUUCUUUUUGGAUUUCUGGUAAUGUCUAUCUUCGCCAUUGGAUUAUCACGGGCAAAGCUAGAAACGAAUGCAGAGAAGUUAUGGGUCGAAGCCGGUGGAAGAUUAGAAAGAGAACUGCGCUAUACCGAAGCUGCACUUGGGAAAGAAUUCGGUAGCACACAGGAAAUCGUGAUUCAAACACCAAACUCUAAAGGAACAAAUAUUCUUACAGUAGAAGCCAUGUUGCUGCAUCAAAAGGCGCUCAAGCAAGCAGCAAAACUCAAAGUCCAUGUUGCUAAUAGAGAUUGGUCUCUCAAGGAUCUGUGUUAUGCUCCUAGUUUUCCACUCUUUUACAAUAGCAUGUUAGGGGAGAUAAUGCAUCAUCUAAUACCAUGUACCAUCAUAACGCCGAUGGACUGUUUCUGGGAGGGUGCAAAGGUUCAUGGGCCUGAAAUAGACAUGACUUUACCGGAUGAUUCACAGAGAAGUUACCUCAAAUGGACCGAUUUAAAUCCAAUCGACCUGCUGAACAAGAUCCAGGAAUCUUUUAGUUCUUGGGAGAUGAAGAAAUUCCGUACAUUGUUCAAGGAGGCUGGUAUCACCACUGGAUAUUUAGAGAAGCCGUGUCUCAACCCUAAAGAUCCCGGAUGUCCCAGAUUAGCACCGAACUUUCAUUCAAAGGAGGUUCCAGACAUCGGUGCCGAAUUAACAGGUGGUUGCCAUGGUUUCGCUGCUAAAUUUAUGGAGUGGCCUGAAGAGAUUAUUGUGGGUGGUGUCAUUAAGAACCGAUCAGGAACGAUUAGAAGUGCUUCAGCUCUACAGAGUGUAGUGCUAUUAAUGGGCGUAAACAACCUUUACGACUACCAUCAAGAUAGAUACUGGAAGGGAGAUGGUUCUUAUAAGUGGAAUGUUGACAUCGCAAGGGAGGUUCUGGAGACAUGGCAAAAGAAUUUCACCAAGGUAAUGAACGAGGUGACCGAUGAGACCGAGGAAGAGUUCAGUAUUCUGGCCUUCACGUCAGCAUCUUUCAACGAACUCCUGAAAGAUUUCUCCAAGACAAGCACUGUCCGCCUUGCCAUGGGAUAUGUGCUGAUGCUCAUCUACUCGGGUUUGACUUUAAAGAAGUGGAAUAACGCAGUGCAAUCCCAGGGUGCUUUAGGGGUUGCUGGCGUUGUCUUGGUAACCGUAGCUGUUGUAUCUGGACUUGGUUUCUGUACAUUUUGUGGAAUUGCCUUCAAUGCUUCAUCCACACAGGUUUUGCCUUUUCUUGCUCUCGGUCUUGGAGUAGACGACAUGUUUCUGUUGGCACAUACUUAUGCUUCGAUUUCAGAACGUGGUGAAAUCCAUCCUUCAGAUCAAGUUGGAUAUACUUUAGGACGUACUGGUGUCAGUAUCUUCCUGACAUCCUUCAACAACAUGGUAGCGUUCCUCAUGGCUGUUAUCAUUCCAAUCCCAGCCCUAAGGGCUUUCUCCUUCCAGGCAGCUGUUAUCGUGAUGUUCAACUACUUUGCGAUUAUCAUCGUUUUUCCUGCGAUGAUCGCCAUCGAUGUGAAAAGAAAACGAGACCAAAGAUACGACUUAUGCUGCUGCAUACAAAGGGAUGUACCUCAAAGGAUCUCAAUCACACCAAGCUCAACAACAGAUAGUGCAAUGGUCCUUCGUAGAUUCCACAACUCGUGCAGCUCGUUGUCGUCUGUAACGAAUUCUGGUGUCAAUGCAGGCGCUGUUGUAUUACCUGGUAAUAUGCAAGCUACUGCGCUGGGGACAGUUUCUCUUCCUGGGGCUGUUACAGUACAGGCUUCUGCUGUUGCUGAAAUAAGUAAUGGAGGUAAUUCAGUGUGUAACACGAUACUUCCUCUAUCGGUAAGCGGACUCAACAGCCAAGAUAUUUUGACUGUAAGUGCAGGAGAUGGGCGAACCGCCGUGGGUGCUGGUUGUCGCGUUGAAAGAAGCACAUUACGUGAACAUCCCACUGACACAAACAUAGACGUUGUAGUACCUAACAGAACCAAUACUGUACGUUACGAUAACAAAGAGAAACCCAAGAAGCACGUAUCAAGGAAUAAUAAUGUAAAUACUAGAACAAUAGAACACAAUUCUCGGCCUGUGGGACGCAGUUCUGAUCAAUCGUUACGCGAUUCUUCAAGGAAUUCAUCACAUAACAAAAUGAUGGACUCAAAAUGGGUGAAAAUGAAAAAAAAGCUACGAGUUUUAUCUCUUGCAUACUUCGCCAAACACUACUAUGGACCCUUCCUGCAGAAGCCUUCCACAAAGACUGUUGUGAUACUACUGUUCAUCGCUAUGUUAGUUGCUGGUGCUUACGGGUGUCUGUUGGUACGUGAUGGACUGGACUUGACAGACUUGGUCCCCAAGAACAGCACAGAGCACAAGUUUGUUACGGCUCAGUACAUGUACUUCUCCUUUUAUUCCAUCUUUGCUGUCACGAUGAAAAACUUUGAUUACAGCAAAGAACAGAAUCUGAUGUACGAGUACCAUGAUGCUUUCAAACGAGUAUCGAAUGUAUUAAAGACACCCGAGAUGGAACUGCAGCCAUUUUGGUUGAUGUACUUUCGUGACUGGCUCAAAGAUGUUCAGACGUCUUUCGAUGAAGAAUGGGCAUCAGGAACCAUAACAUACUCUGGUUGGUACGAAAAUGCAAGCGACAGUGGUAUCCUUGGUUACAAGAUGUUGGCACAGACAGGCAAUGAAAAUUAUCCUGUCAAUAGAUCUCAAGUUCGUUCCGUGCGCCUUGUUGAUGAUCAAGGUAUCAUACGCCCUCAAGUGUUCUAUCACUACCUGACUGUGUGGUAUAACGUGGAUACCAUGGGGUACACGGCGUCACAGGGGAAUGUUAGACCAAAGCCAAGCAACUGGAACAACAACAGAGACUCAAAAGAACCUCGAAACAUGAAAAUCGAGCCUGCCGAACCAUUAGAAUUCUCACAGCUGCCAUUUUACUUGGUCAACAUGAAAGACACAGCAGAUUUCGUCAAGGUUAUCAAGGAAGUUCGUGAGAUAUGUGACGAGUUCAAAGAGAAAGGUUUAUCAACGUAUCCAUCUGGAAUACCCUUCACCUUCUGGGAACAGUACGUUUGGUUAAGACACAACCUUUUUAUCGCCAUCAUUGUCAUCCUUGCAGUCAGCUUCAUCGUCAUGGUAAUCGUCCUAUGUAACCUGUGGGCUGCUGCCAUUAUCGUUCUCGCUCUUACCUUGAUAACAGUACAAGUAUUUGGUUUCAUGGGUUUGACUGGGAUCAAACUAAGCGCAGUUCCUGCUGUUACUCUUAUCCUUUCUGUGGGAGUCGGUGUCGAGUUUACAGUUCACAUGUGUCUGGCAUUCUUAUCUGCAACAGGUGAAAAGAACAUUCGAAUGCAGAAGGCAAUUGAACAAGUGUUUUCUCCUGUAUUGGAUGGAGCUGUUUCGACCUUCUUGGGUGUCGUGAUGCUAGCUGGUUCUGACUUCGAUUUCAUCGUUAGAUAUUUCUUUCAUCUUCUUUGUGCGCUGAUCGUAAUCGGAGUUACAAAUGGUUUAGUAUUACUCCCUGUCUUCUUGUCCAUGGCAGGACCUGCGCCAGAGGUGGAAGCAGUACGGCCACCAGGCACCGCAUCAUCAGCAGGAUCCCAACGUGAACUUCUACCAGUGUCAUCAUGUAGAAGAGGAACACCUCCUACUGACUCGCAGGUUUGCAUCCUGGAUACCUCAGGUUACCAUAACAGCAAACAAGACGAUAAGACUGAUAAUAGCCGGCAUCAUCAUCGUAAACGACCAAGAGGUGAAAGACAUUACAAUCGGCGCGUUCAUGCGUCUAAUGCCAAUAAAUCUAACAGUUCACCGCGGGCAUCACGAGUGACGUAUGAUCUAGAAUCUUCUAGUUCUGUUGUUGCUAGGGUAACGGCAACAGCUACGGUUACUGUUCAGGUACAUGCGGAACAAAUUCCCAAUGAAAGGACGAUUUGUGAACGCGUUCAGGAUAAUGUACAGUCGUCGUCUCAUAGAUCGACUCAAGCAGCAGGUCAGAUCCAGUAUGGAGAGAUUACUAUUGAAGACCUAGAAGAACACACCCAAGUCAAAUAGGUUGGAACAGAGUCGUCCAAAAAGGAUUGGGAAAUAGCAAAUGAAGAAGCGGAGGGCGUAGCUGGACCACCUCUGGUUCCUACGAAAUAUAAAGUGUUUCCCACAAGUAUAAUACACUUUCUGGAAGGGUGAAGCAAGUUGCCAUGUACAAUAAACUACAGUGAUGCAACAGUACAUACUACAUGCAUGGAGGUGUACUUAUAUCAUAUAUAUACGUAGUAUUGACCAACUAUGCAAGAUGGUCGUCGUCUUAUUGGCCAGCAUCAUUGAACAAGUAACAUGAUACUGAUUAUAUUAUACAAUGGUGCAAUAUCUACAAAGAUGGAUAGAAACUUGCAAUGAAACUUACAGAUCAAGGAUUGGAUAUUCUCAAGGCAAGACAAUAAUGAAAAACAGAAAAUGUUUAGAUUUUACUGAAGAUGCGUUGAAUUGUGAAUAUAAAGUGCUGUAAGAUGGAAAACACUACAAAUACUUAUCUAUCAUGUACAGCACAUAUACUGUUGAAGGAUUCUGUAUGGUUACUUUAUUUAGCCAUCAACAGGGACUGAAGACAAUCGUAUCGGCACUAACUAACAUCCCGUUCUGUUAGUAACACAAUGACAUUAUUAAUGGAGUACAUGACAGUUUAGAGUAACAGAUGGUAGGAAAACACCCAUCUAUCGUUACACACUAGCCUAAUGAGUAGAAACAAAAUAUUAUGAUUUAUGAAGCAAGUAUAAUUUAUUUAUUCAGUGGAAUGUAAAUAAGUUGUAAAAAACUGAUCCCAUAUAUAAGACAGCUUGGACGAAUCGUUUAGAUACUCAACACUGACACAAGUUUGUCACCUCUGUAAUGUUUAUCGGUAUGGACCAAGAGAAAAUUGAUUAAUUCCUACAAUAUAGUAAGAAAAAUACGAGAAUAUUCAAACCUGAUAUUGGCUGAAGCGAAAAGGAAUCAUAGGACGGUAUCAAGAGGCCGGGUUACAUUCUCCAUGGUCACUCUGUGCUGAAUGUGACGUCAUCGCCGUCAUGUUGGAUGAGGAAGACUGUUCACAAGAAUAACCGGUUUCAUCGAAUAUCAUAUUUGAAAUAACUAAAACUAUUCAAAUUGCAUCUCACAAAUAUAUGUACCUCAAUUAUAUAUAAUAUUUCAAAAUUUAAGACAGAGAAAUUGCAAAACAGUUAAUAUACUGAAAAUUUAAUUCCAGUUAAAUUAGAAAACAAUUUACUAGUAGAUAAGGUCUUUUACGUACAGGAGGAUUUUGGUUCUCAGUCUUGGUCUGAUUCAAGAAGAUUUCAAAGAGAUUUCAGACAUACUUCUAAGUUUAGUGAAAUAAUUAGUGAGUUAUACCCCAGAGCGGAGAAUCUAGGGCUGCUUGAAUCAAUGAGAAUCCAACAGCCUUGAAGGAAACCCUUUUCUGGGGUCUCUUCCUCCAACUCUAAAAGGAAAUAUAAUUAGUGAAUGUUUGUAUUAUCAAAGUGAUAGAAGCACGAAUGAUUUCCUUUCAACAAAGGCAUCAGGUAUCAUGUAUUGACUGUGAAAGAGAAGGACUGACAGAUAGUUUGUUAGUCAUACGUUAUUUAUUAAGUACUGCAGAUCAUCAAUAUAUCAUCUUGUAUACUCUUGAAA